AUGCGAUUGUUGCCGUUUUCGGGAGGCUUCAUUUUGGCCUCCAUUACCUUACUUGUCUCCCAGGUCGCGGCCACCGCCCUAACAUACAAGCUCGCACCUAAUGAAAAGCAAUGCUUCUACACGUUCGCCGACAAAAAGUAUUCAAAAGUUGCCUUUUAUUUUGCAGUCCAAUCUGGUGGCUCUUUCGAUGUUGAUUACAAGGUGACCGGGCCUAACGAGAAGGUUAUUCUCGAGGGAGCAAAAGAAAGACAAGGAGACUUUGUUUUCACAGUAAAUGAAAUUGGAGAUUACAGCUUUUGUUUCUCAAAUGACAUGUCCACUUUUGCUGAGAAGAUGGUCGAUUUUGAAAUUGCUGUGGAGAACGAAGCUCGUGCCGAACUUCCAUCGAAACAGGGAACAUCACCUGAACAUCUUUCUUCCCUGGAAGAAUCGCUUUUCAAGCUUUCCGGUCAACUCUCCACCAUUUCCCGAAAUCAAAAAUACUUUCGUACCCGUGAGAAUCGUAACUUCAGCACAGUUCGUUCAACAGAGUCUCGAAUCUUCAAUUUUUCAGUUAUCGAAUCCCUUAUGAUGAUCACUAUGUCGUGCUUGCAAGUUUUUAUUGUCAGGUUCUUUUUUCAGGGUGCACGGAAAGGGUAUGUCUGA